AUGUAUUCAACAUUUAUCAUAGUUUUUGUCAUUACGGCUAGCAUCAUUAGUUAUAGUACCGCGGCUUCUACAGGAAAAGAUUCAUGUCCAUUUCCAAGUAGCCUCAAAUCCAAUUACGAUUUCAAUUAUAACUCCAGGCCAAAUGAAUGGAAGAAUUUAAAUAGUAAAACUAGUUUUUUUCUUUUAGCGCUCUCCUGGACAAAUACAUAUUGUGACGGGUUGUCUGCAGCAAACCGUGCAAAAGUAUUUCAAUGUACACAUUACAUGGACAAUUUAAUUGUCCAUGGAUUUUGGCCACAAGCAAAACAGGCAGCCAAUGUACAAGCACACCCUAGAAAUUGUCGUAAUGAAAAGCAGUUAAAUACGACAUUUGUUAAACGUUAUUAUUGUAUUAUGCCUGAUGAAGAUCUUAUGCAAGCCGAAUGGGAAAAACAUGGUAAGACAAGUAAUUCUAAAAUGAUUAUCGAUCCUUUCAACUUGAAAACAUCGUUGUGUUAG